GCUUUCGAUUCGAACGGAGAAAAGACAAGACGAGGGAAUAAAGAAAUUCUCGAAUUCGACGGAAGGAAUAUGAAAAGGUUGCUGAGGAAGAACGGCAGGAGGGAUUCCUCCGGGUCAAAGAAAAUCUGCUGGAACGUUUUCAAGAAUCAAGCCCGAGAAUUUUGUCUCGCGACAGGACUCCACGGGUACAAGUACGUCGCGCAAUCUCAACGUUCGAAAAUCGAACGAAUAAUUUGGGCGAUCGUCUUGUUCGGCUCCUUGUGCUGUGCGAUCGUCCUUAUGAAGAUCGCUUGGGAUUACUACGCUUCUCAUCCAACGCUCACGGUGAUAGAGACUACUCAUCGAGGUAUAUGGAAUUAUCCGUUUCCCGCUGUAACGAUUUGCAAUAUCAAUCGAAUAUCCCUCAAUCUGACGAGAAGUUUGGUCGAGAUGCUGUCAUAUCCGUCGAACAUGUCCAAGGAGUUUCUCGUUCAAGAAUUUCGAUUGCUUUUGGAGUUACUCGAUCCUGGCGUGUUCGAGCACGACGUUACGGAAAAUCUUACUCGUUUGCAGGACAUUAUUGACGAUAACGGACUAACGAUAACGGAGGUGAUGGAAAAGGUUACGAAGAACUGCAGCGAUCUCCUAAAGUCGUGCAAGUGGAACGACGACUCGUUCGAGUGCGACGAAUUCUUCGAUCGGAUACUGACCAGGGACGGUAUCUGUUGCAGCUUCAAUUACGUCUCGCCGCGCGACGUCGAAAAUUCGUACGACUCGAAGCCGAGAAAGAUACCAGCGUGCGGAUAUCAAACUGGUCUGGCCGUAACGGUGAAUCCCGAUCCAGAGGACUACUUCGCGACCAUUCUCGGAUCCUUCGGGGUCAAGGUCUUGGUUCACUAUCCGUACGAUUAUCCGGACCACAACGCGAACGACAAGCUGAUCGGUUUGAACAGGCAAGCGUUCCUCAGCGUCUCGCCCGAAGAAACUUACGCGAUGUUGGACGUUAAGGAUCUCGCGAUAUCAACGAGAAAUUGCAUCUUUAGCGACGAAGGGGAUCAGAUACUAAAGGAUAAGGACGUUGGCUACAGAAGAUUAACGUCCGGAAGAUACUCCUACAUAAAUUGCAUGGCCGAAUGCCGUGCCAAUACCAUUAGGAAUAAGUGCGAUUGCAUCCCAUAUUAUUUUCCAUCGAACGAUGCCAGAGUCUGCAAUUUGAAGGACGUCGAGUGCUUGUCGAUGUACAGACCUUGGUACGAUACGUCGUGGCCCGGAGAGGGCACGGAACGAAUUACGCUCGAGGAUAACGUUGACGUGGUAUACGAGAGACCUUGCGGAUGUAUCCCCGAUUGUACCUUGUUUCGAUAUCCGGUAGACGUUUCCCAAGGGAUUCUGGAUACCAACGUUUCCUUCGAUGGAUUUCGUUACCUAAGGAAGACCGGGAAACACGAAGGAUCCCGAAAUCAAAGCAUAAUCCAUGUCUUCUUUAGCGAUUUGAUAGCCAUUCAGUAUCGUCGAAGAGUUCAUUAUAAUUGGCGUAACUUGUUCGCUUCGUUCGGCGGACUCUUGGGACUAUUCGUUGGAUUCAGUCUUAUGUCUGGCUUCGAAAUAAUAUAUUUCUUUAUCAUUCGAAUAAUCACCGAUAGAUUCGCGAACAACGAUCGGGAGAAUCGUAACAAAUCGCGAAGCUUUCCCUCCGAGAUACAAAGUAAUUAAAAAUUACCCACGGAUCGUCUC